CCUCACUGGCAUGCGCGGUGGCGCCCGGCCUCAGCGAUGGAGCAUGCGCAGUGGAGCGCUAACGGCGCCAUUUUGGGAAGAGGCGGCAUUUUUUUUCCCGUUUCAAACGUUUUGCGGGCGGGAGGAGGAGGCGCCGACCGAAGCGGGUAAGCGGCUCUCUCCCUCGGGGCGAAGAGGGCGGGGAGUCGCCAGACACGCGUUAUUGCCCGGCGGCGGGUUCACACGCGGUGAGGCGACGCGCGGCGGUCCGCGGAAACACGCGUGUCGCGGGUUCAGACGUGCGCGCCCGCAUCUUGCGCCCCUCGCGCGAGAAGCGUCCGCUUUCGACCCUCUGAGGAGGAUUGAGGGAGAUUUCGGGGAGAUGGAUGUGGGUUCCGAAUCCGUACUAGGGCUAGGCUAAAAUUUAGCCGCUAGCCUACCUCACAGGGCUGUUGUGAGGGUGACAUUGGGAGGAGGAGAACCACGUGCACCAUCCCGAGCUCCUUGGGAGAUAAAGGCAGCACGUAUAUAAAUGAAAUGAAAUACGUGAAAUAAGCAGUUAUUGGGAAAAAGUAAAAAUGUAAUAAAAUAGUUGCAUGCAAUAAGUAAAAUAAAUUAUUAUUAUUAUUUAUUGAAUUUAUAUACCACCCUAUACCUGGGGGUCUCAGGGCGGUUCACAGAGUAAGAUCGAUAUAAAACCACAAAAUACAUAAUAAAAAUAAAAACAACAACCCAAUAGCCGCCGCCCCCUUCCACAAAAAAAGCCAACACAUUUUAAAAGGGCAUAGGGAUGUAAAUCAGGUCAUCCAAAGGCUUGGUUAAAAAGGAACGUUUUCGCCUGGCGCUUAAAGGUGUAUAAUGAAAAUAAGUAAAAUAAACAGUUAUUGAAAAAAAAGUAAAAAUGUAAUACAGUCAUACCUUGGGUUGAAUGUGCUUUGGGAUGAGUCCGUUCGAGUUGCGCUCCGUGGCAACCCGGAAGUAACGGAGCGUGUUACUUCCGGGUUUCGCCGCUUGCGCAUGCACAGACGCGCAAAAUGACAUGUGCAGAAGCGCCGAAAAGCGACGCGCAUGUGUGUGCAAAUGUGCCUUCGCUGGUUACAUUUGCUUCUAGAGGCGAACGGGGCUCCGGAACGGAUCCUGUUUGCAUCUAGAGGUAGCAUGGUAAAUAAAAUAGUUAUUGGAAUUAUGCGAUAGAUAAAAUAACAUAGUUAUUGGAAAAAUCUUAUAAGAAGCAGCCAAGCUUCUUGUGACAGCGUUAAGGAAGACCUGAUUCACAGCACAGUCCAUCCCAUGCGUGUUUUUAUUUGUGUUUUUACAUACAGUUCAAAAAGAAUAAGAAUAAAAGGAGAAAAAAUAAAACCAUGGUAAACCAAGGGGACACAACAGAAAACACCUAAGGGCUUCCCUUCCUCUCCUUCUCUGGCUUCUUCUCUUUUGCCUUCCUUCUGCGUACAGUGGUACCUCUGUUUACAAACUUCAUCCGUUCCGGAAGUCCGUUCUUAAACCAAAGCGUUCUUAAACCAAGGCAUGCUUUCCCAUAGCACCGGGGACUCAAUUUACAAAUGAAACACACUCAACAGGAAGCGGAACAUGUUCCACUUCCAAGGCAAAGUUCACAAACCAAAACAUCUACUUCCGGGUUUGCAGUGUUAUUAAUCCAAGUUGUUCAUAAACUAAGUUGUUCUUAAAACAAGGUACCACUAUAUUCCGAGUUGCUUCCAGGUGGGAGGAUGGAUAGGACCACAGCCAUAAAGUGGUGAACUUUGGUUGGAUUCCGGCUUCUUGUACUUAUCUGGGAGCAAGUAAAGCUUUGGCAUAGGUGUGCCUGGGGUUUUGCUGCUGCUGCCUUAGCAGGAGGACCUACUUAAAUAGCAUGUCACUCACGUGGGAGGAUUCGAUUGGAUUUGAUAUUUGUGUCCUGCUUCUCCAACAACAAACAUUGAGUUCAGAGUGCCCAGCUUGUAAGAAACCAAAACAUGUUUUCGGCGUCUGUUUGUCUCGGGAGACAAUGGAGGAGUGUGCCUUUGCAGGUGAGGUCAAGCUUGCAGCAUCUGCUGUGUCUGUAACGACCGAUACAGGAAAGUCAUGAUUUGUUGCAGCUGGGGCAGAUGAAAGUAUCCUGUUCUGCUGCUGCAGAUGCACCAUGGUUUUCUCUCUGCGCUCCUUGGUCCUCUGGUCACUGCUGUGGAUACACAGAGAGCCAGUGUGGUGUAGUGGUUAAGAGUGGUGGACUCGUAACCUGGUGAACCGGGUUCGCGUCCCUGCUUCUCCACAUGCAGCUGCUGGGUGACCUUGGGCUAGUCACACUUCUCUGAAGUCUCUCAGCCCCACUCACCUCCCAGAGUGUUUGUUGUGGGGGAGGAAGGGAAAGGAGAAUGUUAGCCGCUUUGAGACUCCUUCGGGUAGUGAUAAAGCGGGAUAUCAAAUCCAAAAAAACACAAAAAACCUGUCUGUCUCCAGGCACUACGAUCCUGCAAGGGAUUCCCACAUGGUGGGGUUAAUGUUGCCAGCCUUCAUGUCACACUUGCAAACACGCUUUGUAACAGAGAGUCGGUCCGGCAACAGGUCUGGCUUCUGAAUCCACGACAUUUAUUAAUGCUCAGCAUGGCUGACUCACUGGUUUUCUCACUUGCUGUAAUUUUUCAGAAACAUGUCUAGCGGUUCCAGGAAUCCAAUUCGGUGAAAUGUGUAAUGGCUUGCUUGAUUAAAAAAGGCAGCGCCUACUCUCCGGAAUCAACUGUUUCUUGUCUUCUGGCAGAUUGUAGCCUUAGCAAUAGUAGUUGCUCCUUGAAAUCCCACAGUUCAAUUCAGUACAAGGACAGGCUCUAUAGGUCUGCAUCUCAAGCAUUGGAGGCCUAUAUUGAAGAUUUCGAUCUCAGCCUUGCGUCGCCAGAAGUAAGACCUGGAAAAAUCUGCAUUACACAGAGUACUCGUAAAGACCUAAGGUCCUCGGAGGACAGUUUCAAGCGCAAAUAUGGUAUGUGAGUGUUAUUCCAUUUGUGACAGGAAAAACCUUGGCCCCUGUUAAGGGUCGCUGGAGAGUGGCAGAUGAUGCACAUUUUUUAUUGCUUAGCUUACAUAAUUUUGAUCUUAUUUGCAUUUCCUAUCUUGUGAUGCUUAGGCGGCUUCCAGUGAGAGAUAAGUGGCAAGUUUAUAUAUAGGAUUAAAGUGAAAUAUAACACUCCACAAAUGAGAAACAUUGUAAUAACAUUAAUAACUAUAACAUUGCUUAAGAAAGGGGCCAUAUUUCUGUUACAGCAGCUACAAGUCAUUUCUUUUGUACGUUCAUGUUAGAUGAUAUGAAUAAUGUAGCAGAUGAUAUAACUAGUUAAGACUAACUUAAGUGUUUUGGUUUAAGCAAUGGAUGUAUUUUUAAACUGCUUUUCAUACAAUUAUUGCCUUUUAAAGUGGCUGUCAUCAGUAAUAAAAGAGAGGGGCUGUCAUCAUUAGACUUACAAGCUAAAAAGAGAGAGUGGAUGGAAAAGGUAGAAGAGGGUGCUCAGUUCUUCAAGGGUAGAACAAAGUGGGCAUUUAUAUCCAGGACAGGUUGAUUUUCCCUUGCUGGUGCUCAUGCUUGAAUAGCAAUUACUUGGUCAGAUUGUACUUUCCCCUUGUUUCUGCAAUUCAAGAGCAACAUGCUUUCAGGCAAGGAGAAGGAAGCAAGCUCUUUGCAGCUGCUCCUUCUGUGGUGAUGGAUGGGACCAGAUUGGUCUCUCGCUUGCCUUGAUAUUAUACCGGGGAGGCAGCCUCCCAGUGCUCCUCAGCCACAUUGCUGGAGGCAGAAGCCAGUGUUUUCUUCCCUUCCCUUCCCUUCCCUACAGCCCCAGGACAGCUAUCAGCUGGAUUUGUAUGAUCUUUCAGGUGGGAGGGGGGAAGUGACAACACAGAACUUAGAAUUGUAGCCAGAAAGUUUCAUGCAUGUGGCUUUUAGUUAACGUUAGUGAAGAACUGAUCAUACAAACUGAACAGUUUUGUUGCACAUGAGUAAUAUGUCUGAUUAAGCAUUUUCAUAGGAAGUGGCUGUUUCUAUGAGCAAAGAUACCUGGAUUUCCUGCAUGCACCCCUCAAAGAAGCAGCCGUUCCAACUUCCAUGAGAAUUUUAAUGGACAUUAUGUUACUCCUUCAAUUAGAUCACUCUUGUGUUCAGUUAUUAGCACUAUCCUGUACAUGUCUUCUAAUAACCAUUUCCCAUAGAGUUCAUUGAGCAGCCUUAAUAUAUUUCUAGUAAAACUGCACCUUUCUAACAUCUUUUUAGCAGGGAUGUGGAUGGUGCUGUGGGUUAAACAACAGAGCCUAGGACUUGCCGAUCAGAAGGUCGGCGGUUCGAAUCCCUGCGAUGGGUUGAGCUCCCGUUGCUUGGUCCCUGCUCCUGCCAACCUAGCAGUUCAAAAGCACGUCGAAGUGCAAGUAGAUAAAUGGGUACCACUCCGGCAGGAAGGUAAACGCCAUUUCCGUGUGCUGCUCUGGUUCGCCAGAAGCGGCUUAGUCAUGCUGGCCACAUGACCCGGAAGCUGUACGCUGGCUCCCUCGGCCAAUAAAGCGAGAUGAGCGCUGCACUCCCAGAGUUGGCCACAACUGGACCUAAUGGUCAGGGGUCCCUUUACUUUACCUAACAUCUUUUAAAUGUUGCUGGUUUUGUUUUGUUUUUUACAGUUUUUUUAAUGUGACAUCUCUCUCUCUCUCUAAUUUCUUGUUUUUCAGCUUUGGAGAAAUUUGAGCAGCAAGCCAUAUUAGGGUCAGUUGUGCCCCAUCUGAGGAGAAAAAAUGUCUAUGAUACAGAUAUGCUUAGUCUCACUACUGAUGAUCUUCUAGCAUUCCCUGCAGAUGGUUCCUUACCUUUUAUCCAUGCUGCUGCCUUAAGACCUGUGCCUCAAAGUAUCAACCAGAACAGGAAGUCGUUAACAGCAUCUGCUUCCUGUGCUCAUCAGGCUUCAUCCUUUGGCAAUGAAAAAGUAUCGAAUUUCCCUGAAAAUCCAGGUUCCCCUUCAUAUCAGCACUCUAGCAGAAAUGUGAACGCACAACACAGAUUUCACAGAUAUGACUCUGGGCAUUCUGUGAAGGACCACCUCAUGGAAGAAGACAACUCAGAGUCUGUAUUUCAUAAGAACUAUCCAAGGUGGCUUACAAGCCAGAAAUCUGACCUAAGUGUUUCAGGGAUAAGCAGCAUUCCCAGUUUCAAGUAUCCAGUCUGGCUGAAGAGUCAUAAUCUCUUGCCAGAGUCAAGCAAUGAAAGUUCUACCUGGGCACCAGGUGGAGAGGAUGGUACCACAUUUUUGGAAAAUAGCAAGACACUGAUGAGGAGUCAAAAUGAUGUGGAAAGGUCAAACCAUCCUGGACGUUCUGGACAUAACGAUUUGUUGGGCCAACAACAUGAGCAUGAAGUUCAGAGAAACUGCCACUAUGAUGUUCCAAGUGCCUAUUUCACACCUCAGGGCUUAAAACACAGGCAUUCAUUUACAGGUAACUCACAGGUGCACUUCAUUUGGUGGUCAACAAGUUUUUGAAGCAUGUGGUGAUCAUGUUUUCGUAGAGAGUAAAACAACUUUCUGCUACCCUUAUACCCAUUGGCCUGAUGCAGAAACAAUACAGUGGUACCUCGGGUUACAUACGCUUCAGGUUACAUACGCUUCAGGUUACAGACUCCAGUAACCCAGAAAUAGUACCUUGGGUUAAGAACUUUGCUUCAGGAUGAGAACAGAAAUCGUGCUCUGGUGGCGCAGCAGCAGCAGGAGGCCCCAUUAGCUAAAGUGGUGCUUCAGAUUAAGAACAGUUUCAGGUUAAGAACGGACCUCCGGAACGAAUUAAGUACUUAACCUGAGGUACCACUGUACUUCCCAAUUCCUAGCCAUGGUUGGGUGUCAGUAGUGUAAGCUCACAUACUCCUCCUGACUUCCAUUAUAAUACCUGAAUUAACCACAGUUAGCAUAUGGUGUAGCCUGUGUUUUCAUUAACCAUAGUUAGCACCAAACCACAGUUUAAAACCAUGAUUUUAAGUGGAUCUCUAAAUGGUGAUUUGGACUUACUGUGGUUAGAAAUAAUCAGAACUUAAAACAGCAGCAGAGAUUAUGAUAGAAACUAAUAAAAGCUAUGCAUUAUUUAAAAACUUGGGCAAACUGCAUGGUUUUAGCUUGUUUUUCAUAAUGAAGUAUUCUGUAAUAAAUCCAUUUUAAUGGAAUAGCAAUGCUUUUUAUGAAUGAGUUUCUACUGUUGACUGUUUUAUUGUUGGGAGUACUUUUAAUCUUAUUUGAUCUAUAAGUUUUAUCUGUAAGCUGCCCAGAGUUUGAUUUUUAUCACAGAAAGCAUGAUACAGUGUAAGUCAGCAAGAGAAACGUUGCAAAUUCUGACAUGCCAUUCUGAAAUUGGAGGAGCAGCCAGUAUUUUCUAAUUGGCUAUGGCUAGACUCACUUACUUUGUCAAUUAGAUGGGUCAGUCUAAUUGAAAAAGGCCUCUUAAGUAUAUUCAUAACACCAUUCCGGGUCUUGAGGUCUGUGACAUUUUUGUGCCACUGUCAAAUGCAUACAAGAGCAGCAGCCAUUCAUGACAGCAGUAAUUAGUAUGGCUGCUGUUGCCAGUGAUCACUGUUCUUAUCUUCUAUACAUUUGACCUAAGAUAAGAACAGUGACCAUUCAUAACAGCAGUCUCACUAAUUACUGAUGUUAUGAAUGGACACGGUCCUGAUCUUGUAUACAUUUGUCCUUUGCAUAACUGUCAAAGGCCUACUGGAUUCCACUUAUUUCAUGGCCUUUGGUCCUGCUGUUUACAUUUUCUCUCUCUUACCCAGUGUUUGUCUCUGUCUGCCAAAUGAGGAUAACAUUUCACACACGCCUAACCCUGCUUCCUUGUAAGCCCCAUUUAAAUCAAUAUGACUUACUCCUGAAGAGACAUAGUUAUGAAUGGACUGUGCCCUUACUUUAACGCAGUAUACUUCUUUUUAUUGUAGCAGAUCUUCUCAACACAAAACUGUUAUAACUUUAGAUACGCGUGUUUCUUUUGAUUAACAUGCAGUACAGUCAUACCUUGGUUGACGAACGGAAUCUGUUCUGGAAGUCUGUUCGACUUCCAAAACGUUCACAAACCAAGGUGCAGCUUCCGAUUGGCUGAUUGGCCCCAGAAACAAUGCCAACAGCCGAAAUGGAUAUUCGGGUUCCAAAGAAAGCUCACAAACCGGAACACUCACUUCUUGGUUUGCGGCGUUUGGGAGCCAAAACGUUCGACUUGCAAGGCGUUCGUCAACCAAGGUACAACUGUAUAUACAAGAUGUGAAUUCAAGGUGACUUGCGUUUAAUUGUUAUUUUCAAUAAAUGAUUUCAGAUGAGGGUACUGAUCUAAUACUUCAGAAGACAAGAGGGACUCAGGAGACUUCUGCUGACGAAUUAACCAAUGCGCUGAAAAAUGAUGGCAGCCCUUGUACAGUGGAUAUGUUAGAAGCCGAAAGAUCAUGGGAUAAUGUUCCUAUUGGUUUGUGAGUAAACAAGACAUACACAUAGCUUUGUUAUGAAAGCAUAGCAGGGAUAUAUCAGUUUAACGUUCAAGAGUAUGGUUAUUGCACCAUCUUAGUUUGUACAGCAGACCUCCAACCGGCCUGAGCAUGAGCAGUACAUAGGAACAGUCUUCUGCAAUGAACUCCUGGUAUUUUUCAGAGAAAUUAAUAAGUGCUGGAUCAGGCUAGUGGCCCAUCUAACCUGACAUCCAGUUUCCCACAGUGACUAAACGCCUACAGAAAGCCCAUAUUCAGACCAGCGUUAAAAGCUGAUCGCCAAAUGGAACCUUAAACCUGGGUUAUGGUAGCCACAAUGGAAUGUCUAGGUGCCUUUUCUGUGGUUAAUAAUAAUAAUAAUACUAAUUUCAUUUCUAAACCACUUUUUUAUUUUAAAGGGGGGGAAAUCUCAAAGCUUUUUACAACACAUUAAAACAUAAAACAAUCCAGAAUAAAAUAAACUCAAGCUUCAAGGAAAAUAUUCCAGAUCCUUCUCUAAGUAACAUUUUGCUUUCCUCAUAUUUAUUUACCUAUUUAAUUUAUAGAGCUGCCCCAUAGCAGAACUAUUCUAGGAAGCUGGUGGUUAGAGUGUUACACUAGGACCUGGGAGAGCAGAGUUCAAAUCCCCACUCAGUCAUGAAGCUCACUGGAUGACCGUGAGCCAGUCAAAGUCUCUUAACCUACCUCACAGGGUUGUUGUAGGGACUAACUGAGAAGGGAGGUGAACCAUGUACUCCUUGGAGGAAAAGGUGGGAUAUAAGUGCAAUAAAUAGCUCUUCUUACCUGCUUAAGCAAGCUGGAGGGCUAGCCAAAUGGAGAUUGGCAUCCAGAGACUUCCAUGUGGUCGCAAUUGGACCCAUGCUAGUUGCAAAAUGUGCCUGGAGCCUGAGGGAUUUCUAACACUGAUUCAGACACUUACUGCCUCAGACACUGGAGAUAGUAAAAAGGUGUCAUGACUAGUUGCCAUUAGUAGACAUAACCUUCAUGAAUUUGUCUGUUGCCGUCGGGGUUAGUGGCAAUCUUGAUAUCCUUGUGGCAGCAAAUUCCAUAAAUUAAUGAUGCAAUGUGUGAAGAAGUAAUGCUUCCUUUUCUUCAUCCUCGGUCUCCCAUCAUUCAGUUUUUUCAUACGACGCUGGGUUCUAGUACGGUCGUACUUUGGAAGUCGAACAGAAUCCGUUCUGGAAGUCCAUUUGACUUCCAAAACGUUCGGAAACCAAAGUGUAACUUCUGAUUGGCUGCAGGAAGCUCCUGCAGCCAAUUGGAAGCCUCAGAAGCCCCUCAGAUGUUCGGCUUCCCCAAAAAAGUUUGAAAACCGGAACACUAACUUCCUGGUUUUGAUCAUUCGGGAGCCGAAACAUACCAAGGUAUGACUGUACUACAGAGGGCUGCUGAGUUAUUGCUAUGGGAACCUGGCUAAUUGCAAGUGGCACUGCUUUCCUUUCUGCCAGCUGGCAUGAUGCCCAUGAUCUGGUUCGGAUGGGUUAGGAUUCUAGUUGGCAUGGUCUAUAUUUUCCGUUACUCUUAGCCACACUUUUGAAAGUGUUAGAAGGACAUCAGCCAUGUUUCUGGCUUAUGCCUCUUGAGAGGGAACUCUGGUCAGGAUGUUCAAGGAUUGGUUUGAAAUAAAUGAAGAAAAAGGAAGUUGCCCUUGCAGUAUGCUUGAGAAUUUCCAGAGAGCUGCUUAUAAAGGAAUAAUAAUAAUAAUACCUUUAUUGUCAACCUGUGUACAAUGAAAUUAAACAAACCUCACCCGCCCCCAAACACUGAAUUGCUUAUCGAACAACACACCACCUUGCAAGUCAAUUUUGCUGUGUUAUUUUUCAUUCAACAGCCUAACAGCCCACGGAUAGAAGCUAUUUUUAGCCUGUUGGUACAACUGAUUAUACUUCUGUAUCUCCUGCCCGAGGGUAGAAGAUUAAAGAGGUGGUGGCCGGGGUGUGAGUCAUCCCUGAGAAUUUUUCUCGCUCUCCUAAGGCAAUGAUCCCUUGCGAUAUCAUCUAGCGGACUCAAGGGACAGCCCAUGAUAUCAUGCGCUGUAUUCACCACCCUCUGUAGAGACUUUCUGUCCGUGGCUGUCGAGGCAGCAUACCACACUGUGAUACAAUAUGAAAGGACACUUUCUAUUGUGGACUGAUAAAAGGAGUUCAUCAGUUGUUGUUUAACAUUAUUCUUUUGCAAGACCAUGAGGAAAUGGAGUCUUUGUUGGGCCUUUCUGAGCACCGAAGUUAUGUUGAUUUUCCAAGUGAGGUCCUCCCUAAGGUAAACUCCCAGGAAUUUAAAUGAGGAGACUCUCUCCACACAGCUCCCCCGAUAUACAACAGGGCAGGUUCCCCUCUCCCUCCGGAAGUCCAUCACCAUCUCCUUUGUCUUACUAAUAUUUAGGUGUAAGUUAUUGUCUAAGCAUCAUGUAGAUACUUAUUGAACCUCCCCCCUGUACGCUGUUUCAUCUCCGCCUGCAAUUAGGCCCAUUAUGGUAGUAUCUGCAAGCUUAAUAAUUACUGUGGAUGGAGCAGAUGAUAUGCAGUCAUAUGUGUACAAUGAGUACAGGUAGGGACUUAGCACACAUCCCUGGGGGGUGUCAGUGCUAAGCUUCAGGGAGGUAGAUGUAACAGUCCCAAUCCUCACUGUUUGUGUCCGAUCCCUCAAAAAGUCUUUAAUCCAGUCACAGAUGGUAGAAGAAAGGUCCACAUCCAUCAGCUUUUUAAUAAGAAUGUCCGGGAGGAUGGUAUUAAAAGCCGAGCUAUCAUCAAUAAACAACAUUCUAUGCUAUGGAAAAGCUGUUUUGUUAAGUGUAUUUAAAAAAAGUAAAUCAGCCAUUUAACUCUGCUUACAGAAACAGAAACAUCACCAAAUCAUAACACCCACAGAAUAUUAAUGCUCAUUGAUACCAAUGUUGUUAUACUAUCUGACUUUCAGGACUGUUUUUGACUGAAAAGGUCUCCCACUGGUUUGUAUACAGCUAUGCUAAAAUAUUUUUGAGAAUGAAAAACUAUUUCAGACAAGACAUUAAGCUCCAGAUAUCUGUCUACAGGAAAACUCCAGUACCUGUGUGUUGUGAUGAGGAGACCUUUCCGCAAAACCCCAAAGCAGGCAUUGUUAAUGAAUUUUUGGAAGAUUGCUUAAAGAAUGUCGGGCAGGUAUGUUAAAAGUGAAGCUUGAGUGAAUAUCAUUGUUGGCAUCCAUCUGUCUCGAGAGACAAUGGAGUGUGCCCUCCAGGGGUUCUUUAUCUUUAACCUAUAACAUAUAGUACUAAAAUGGAAAAACAGCCCUCCCAAGCACAUUCCUAAAGAAACCUAUGAAAUCCUUUUAAUAUAGAUCUGGAGCUAAGGUGGAAAAUUGCCACUUAAAUCACAAUCCUGAACUUCACAGGGGAGGAUAACUUUUUCAGCUGCUGUAUUGAGUUCAAUGUCCUUUGAUUACAAUAUAUUUCUUUAGUUCCAGGAGGACACAUUCUCUGGAGGGAAUCAUCAUGGCCCUGUGGAAGCUUUGAAGCUAAUGCUGUUUAAUCUUCAAGCAGUUCAGCACAGCUUUAACCAGAACAAAACUGCUGGACAAAAAGAGGAAUUGAAGAAAGUAAGUUCUUCCAUUUUGAAUGAGACUCCCCUUGAAGUUUAAUUAUUUUCUAUAUUUUUACCCCCUCUCUUGAAAAGACUGACUGAAAAAUUGAGGCAUAACUAUCUAAAUUCAAAAUGACCUGGAAAUAAAACCACAUGCAGAAAUGUUUAGUGUACAAAGCCUCUUAGGCGACUGGUGAUUCUGUUUUGAUGGAGAUGGAGAACUGUAGGACAAAACUUGAUCUGUUAAAUGACUGAGAAGGAUUGUAAAGCACUUGGCAUGCUAAAAAUGCUAUAUACAAUGCCAUUGCAUGUGAGCUUCAUUUUAUUUUAUUUUUUAAAAAGCAUACACAAAAACCUACCAUUGUGCCUGUAAACAUGAACCUGGGGAGUUUAAACAGUGGCCCUUGAUGCUACUUGCCUGAGCCAAGCAGUUAGAUAAUAGAAAUAUAUUGCUAUAAGUAUUUGUAUAAGUGCUCAUCAUCCUUCACAUACACUAUUUCAUUUAUUCUUGGCAACAACUGUUUAAGUAGGCCAGUAUUAUCAUUAUCUUCAGUGGCACUUUAUGAAAAAUAAGAAUCCAAGUAUCUGCCCUGAAGUGUAUACAGUCUAAAAUCUGAUUCAGAGAAAGGUGUGGAAAGUGUAGCAGGGAUAAAAUGGGACAAAAAAUCAUGUUGUUUCAGUUGCAUAUUAUUCGACUUCUUUACGGAGCACAGAGAUUGUGUAAAAGCAGAAAAGUUUGGAUUUAAUGAGAGAUUUGAAGUAAGAGAGGUGGGUUGUUAUUAUGGGUGGGCACUAAGGCACCAAGUGAGUUCAUGGCCAAAAUAAGUUUUUUGGGGGGGAGGGGGGGACAAGGGGGGCAGGCCGCAAGCUGGAGUUUGAAAGCAGCAAUUUCUUAUCUGAAAAUUGCCCAGUUCAUUUUGAUGAGAGAAGGUCUUCCUGCGUCUUUUAAUUGGAGCACCUGUUAAAAUAACUCAGGCAAAAUAAAUUGCUGCUUCCAAACACCAGCACCGGCUUACUUCUCAAAAUCCAGCUUUUGGCACACCUCCCAUUCCUUCUGUAACUGUUAAUAUUUGCUGCUGAAUUUACAGUUAAAAAUGUAACUGUUAAUAUUUGCUGCUGAAUUUACAGUUAAAAAUGAUGUGCUAUUUUGCACAAUGAUUUAAAUACAGGUUGUUUGCCACCUUGAGCCACAGAUUGUAGGAAAGGCAGGAUUAAAGAACCUUGAAUGAAUACAUAAGCCCAAGUACAUGUAACCAGCUUGAAGCUGUUCCUUCUGUUUUCAUUGUUUGUACUGCCGCUGCCAAGGUGUGAUUUGAACCAAGGACUUCAUGGCUCACAGUGUUAGCAACUACCUUUCACUAACACUGCAGCAUGUUUUAAGUAAAAAGAUACAAAAAACCCUGUUGUAUCAGGCCCAUGGUUCUCCAGUUUGACAUCCUGGUCUCACAGUGGCCAACCAGAAGCCUAUGGGAAGCCCAAAACAACAACGGCAAGGCUGAUACUGUAUUUUUCUUUUAAAACUUAUACCUAAUUUUUCUGUGCUGUGCCAGUGAUGGCAUAUACUUGCGGGCCCCGCUUUCUGAAUACAUUACAUUCCCAGAAAACAGUUCGCUAGGCAAGUGUUUGCAUAACAAGCUAAUGCUUUACAUUAAUUCCUAUGGGAGCAUUUCUGAUCCGUGGUGUCUCCGAUUUCCCUCCCUUCCUGAUUUCUGCCUGAAACCUCUGCAGCCAAUCAGCAAAAGCCAAACAAAGAGAAAACUGAUAUGUCUUAUCUCACCUGUUCCCUGAUUUGUCUGAUUUCUCUUCCUCCGUCCAUGGUUUCUGCCUAAAAUGGCUGCCACUGACCAGCAAAACACAAGAAAGGAAGUGGACAAACUCUGGCUGUUUGCAGUUAUCUGAAUCAGCCAUUUGUGUAGCAACGUUUGGGUAUAAUUAUUUGCAUUUGGAUAAUGAGCAUUCCGAUAGGGGGACCUGUAUUCAGUAUAUUGCUUGGGAUUCUGCUUAUAUUCUGAUAAAGAAAGGAUGUUCAGAAAGAAAUGUGUCCUUGAGCGAUGCUGCUAAGCAAACCUUGCUUCUUUUUCAGACUUUUGUAGAUGAAGAUGUGGAAUUUAAACUGCAUGAUCAUGAUAUCAUCCCUGUAAAAUCACUUCAGAGGUAAGCAGGCUGAGAUCCCCAGACCUAAGUCUUGGUCCCAAACCCAAUUAUGCAAGUUAGUUCCAAAUUAAUACAAUUUUGUUAAGAGGGCUCCCAUGCACCAUUCUUGAUGAAUCCUUAUGAUCUAAUAUUACUGCAUGUCAUAUUCAUAUUUAUUUCUAUUACGUUCCAUUUUUCAAAAUUAUCACAUAAUUAACAGCUUAAUGAUUUCUAUUCGUGUUACUUUAUUAUUCAACUUCCAAAAUAAGAGCUUCAAGUGAGAAACCUUAGCUUUUUCCUUUUCAUCCUGCAUGUGCCACAUUCAAAAGUCAGUUGUUAGUCUCUUGGCCUUAUGUGCCUCUCUGAUGUUUUCCAUUUUCCUGUGGCAUUUGGGGCUAUCUCCUUACUCCCACUGUUGUUGUAUUCCAGCCUGGUUGGGGCGGAGCUGCAACUUCAAGGUUAAACCCUUUUCUUUCUCCGGCUCAGCUCUUUCCCAUAAUACUCAAGAAGUUCCAAAUCAACCACAGCAGAUCCCUCCCUUCCACUGGCAACGAAUCAGCAAGUUCUAGACAUUCCCCAUUUCUUCCUCCUGCUGGGAAGGGAGCGGAAAGGCGGUGCCAUUCCUCUUCCAACAUCCCAAAAGCCCUCACGCUGCUUUCCUUUCGUUGCUACUAUACCAUUUUGCUUUUUUUUUUUUUAAAAAAAAAGGUUAUAUCUCAACAUCUCUAUGAUUUAUUUCAGUCUUUUGGGGGGGGGGGUAGGCUCUAACUCCCAGUGACACCCUUCCAAACAAAGCAACCAGGCUCUCCUCCCCCCUUUACUCCUUUCAAGCCGCACUCAGCUUUACAUCUUCUUUUAAAUCUCAGUGUGACAUCAUACAUCAAACCAUCCUCGCAUGUAUAGCUUAAAAUUCGAUAUUAGGAGAGGGUUGCUGAAUCAUAAGUGUAAAGACUUCCAUAAGAUAUAGCAGAGAGCCCCACUCUCCUCCAUCCACCUCCAGCAUAAGAUAGAAUCUUCUCCCAAUUUAAAACCUCAGUUCCAUGCAGCUGAUUGUUCGCAGUUAUAAUGUCCAUUUCUUCCGAUGUGCACCUAUUCUUAAUGCCAAUUAAAACCCAGUUAUAAGGAGAACCUCUGCAUCCAAUGGUGAUUUGGGGGGUGGUUCACAUCAGGCUGUAAGUGCAUAGUACCCAUCGCCUUCACCUGUCCCCACGCUGAUCUGUGCGGGGGCAAUUGAGGUGAUGACUGGUUGCCAAUACCUCCUGUACCCCGAGAGGCUUAUAGGGGAUUUUGUAACCCUUCCAUCCCCAUUUUUCAGCCUAUGCCUCUUUCCGAUGUUGAGAGAGCCAUCGCCAUGGGGCGGGACAGGAACUGGAAGCCUGGUUUGAACGGUUUUCUCUUCCCCACCUCCACCAUCUUCAUGAGGAAGGAAAAUAAAGGAAAACUGGGCUUCUUCAGGCUUGAGCCUUUGUCACAGCUCUUACGAGCUGCAACAGGGCUGCCUGCUUAGAGAAUUAUAAAGUUGUGAGCUGGGACUUCCUUUCCAUCCAUCCAUCAUCGGCUUUCUUAUUUUCUGAAUCGUGCUUUGCACUAAUUAUUUAUUUCUGAGCAAUACUGUUAAAUCUGGGCUGGGUAUGGUAUAACGUAACAGGUUGAAAGCAAGCUUAUCUGAAAGUGUAGCCCACUCAUAUAGCCUUAACUUACUCCAUUGCGGAGUAAAAGAAACACAUUGAAGUUUGGGGGCCUCAGCUUAGGUCUAUCACGGCCUGCUUAUAGGUUUUCUGGAGGCAUCUGGCCACUGCCAAAAGCAGGAUACCUGAAGGAGCGUCUCCACCCCCAUCGUUCAGCCUGGACACUGAGAUCUGGCUCCGAGGGCCUUCUGGCGGUUCCCUCAUUGCGAGAAGUGAGGUAACAGGGAACCAGACAGAGGGCCUUCUCAGUAGUGGCGCCCACCCUGUGGAACGCCCUUCCUUCAGAUGUGAAGGAAAUAAGCAGCUAUCUUCUCUUUAAAAGACAUCUGAAGGAAGCCCUGUUUAGGGAAGUUUUUAAUAUUUAAUGCUGUAUUGUUUUAACACUCGAUUGGGAGCCGCCCAGAGUGGCUGGGGAAACUCAGCCAGAUGGGCGGGGUAUAAAUAAUAAAUUAUUAUUAUUAUAUAACACUACUAUGCACAGAGAUUGAUGCUGAUACAUCUGUUUUGCUUUGUUUAUAGGGCUUUACAUCAUUUAUCUCGACUUAAAGGUCUGGUUGAUGACACAAGUGGCGAAGAAUAACCAAAAAACAGUUAUCAAGACAUGAAGCAUACAUUGUCAUAAAUCUGUGAACUGGGGGAAAUUCCUAGGGCAGUCUUUUAAUCAAGACCUGGACAUUCAUGGGAUAAAUACUUCUCAAACUAGAGCAUAUGCCUACCGCUUCAGCUCAACUGUGGUUUGGUGGAUGUUCUCUAUUGAAAUUUUUUUGACUUUUCAAAAACUUGCACAAGCUCAUUGAAUGGACUGGUGGCACUGAGUGGAAUUUGGGGCUCCCUCUUCUUCUCCACUCCCUCAGGCAACUGGCUUCAUCCAUGCUUUACGCCAUACCAAGCCUUUGCAAGCCCCCUGCGUUCCGUGCAUCAUGAGUCGCUUGGGGAAAGCCAACUCUAAAACCUUGCUUGAAUUCUCAGGUUUCACUGUUCUCUAGCACAACAGAGACAAGGUCCAAAGGAUUAAGUGUCACCCACAGGCUAUCAAAGCUAACCUUGGGAACGCAGGAAAUCAAGAUCAUCAAACGAGAAUGUUACAACAGGCUUAUUGCAGAAAUUGCUUUUUGUUUGUCGAUUCACUGUGUUUACACAGGUGGGAGGGUGAUCUUCAGAAUACAAGCUGCUUUCCUUUCACUUCUAAUCAUGCUUGGCAUCAUAGGAUUAAAUUUCAGCAUAGUAAAAAAUAUACCGGAGGUUUCUAGGAUGGCACAUUCUGGGAACCCAUAAUAGUCAAGCUGUGAUGUCUCCCACUUUCUGCCUGGAAGUGCUAUGCUAUAGGCUUGGGGAACUAUGAUGAAAUCCAGGCGUUUUCAUAGAAAUGUGUAUUAUAGCUCUUGUUCUUGAGAAUGAGGGCAGUUAAAAAUGUAAGUUCUCAAAAAGUGUAUCCAUACAAAGUGGCUCAAAUAUCUUUAAAAGUGCCUUUUCCCACAUAAGUUGGAAUAUCAUUUGUUGCUCCAAGACUGUUGGAAUAUAUUUUUAAAAAAUAUAUAAAGAUUGUGCCAGACGCUUGGCUAUAUUUUCAGCUAAUGUUACCAUCCCUAAUCCUUAACCUUGAAUAAAAAAUGUUCAGCCUCUCUUUCAGUGCAGCCCUAAGCAUGCCUGUUCUGCUGUCUAACUAAGGGUCUGUCAUCGUGAACUUGGUCAGUUGGGCUUGUGGAGUUUAGCCUGUACUGAAAUUUUGAUGCCCAAAUUUCAAGCUCUUGGUCUCAUGAAUGAAGGACAUUCUUCAUCUAACUUUUGAGAUACUUGGGUGAUGGAUACUAUGGGUUGCAGGUUGUGUUUGGGGCUGCAGCCAAGAGGUGCUUCCCAAACAAAAAAACGUGUGUGCUGUUUUUGGAAACCAGUUUGAGUUGCCUGUUUAUAAAACAAAAAACCCUGCUCUUUGAUAUUCUGAAGGAGUAUAUGAAUUGUCCUUAAGUUGGAUCAGACACCUGAGCAUCAGCUGAACAAUAUUUUGUGUGCUUUUUCAAAUCGGGGGUGGGCAGGCUUUGAGAAAACAAGACAGAUGGAUAAGAUGUUCAAUAUGCUAAAUAAAAGUUUUGCUUAUCCACCACCAAGCUUGGUUUAGAAGCCUUCCUGGUAUGUUGCAUUAAUGGAUCCUUUCUCUGAUCCAAUAGAGCACUAGACAAGGGGAGAAAGUUUUACCACAAAAUCUGCAG